UGCGCACUCAUCACUCCUCCGAAGAGGAAGACAUGGCGGCGUCCCUGAUCUGCGGCCGUCUGACGGCCACCCUCAGAAACUCCUCCGGCAGAAGCUCCCUCAGCUCCGCGGCCAGGGUGCUGGGCGGAUGUUCGGCUCUGCUGGGAGGCCACGCCUCCUCGCCGCUGCAGCAGCAGCAGAGGAACCUGUCUCUCCACGAGUACCUGAGCAUCGGCCUCCUGAAGGAGGCGGGGAUUUCUGUUCCUGAAGGGAAAGUGGCCACGUCUGCAGAGGAGGCGUACACUGUGGCUAAGGAGAUCGGUUCGAAGGAUCUGGUGGUUAAAGCUCAGGUUCUGGCCGGCGGCAGGGGAAAGGGGACGUUUGAGGGCGGGCUGAAGGGCGGAGUCAGGAUUGUCUACUCGCCUGAGGAGGCGCAAGAGAUUUCCUCUCAGAUGAUUGGCAGGAAGCUCUACACCAAACAGACGGGGGAGGCGGGGCGUAUCUGCAACCAGGUGUUUAUCUGUGAGCGCAGGUAUCCACGCCGAGAGUAUUACUUUGCUAUUACUAUGGAGAGAUCGUUCCAGGGCCCUGUUUUGAUUGGCAGCUCUCAGGGGGGCGUGAACAUUGAAGACGUGGCGGCAGAAAAUCCCGACGCCAUCGUGAAGGAGCCCAUCGACAUCGUGACGGGAAUAAAGCUGGAGCAGGCGGUGAAGGUGGCUCAGAAGAUGGGCUUCCCACCAGCACUGGUGAACGAGGCGGCGGAAAACAUGGUGAAGAUUUACAACCUCUUCAUCAAGUAUGACGCCGCCAUGGUGGAGAUUAACCCUAUGGUGGAGGACUCGUCUGGCAUCGGUAUACACACACACACACAGACACACACAUACACACACACACAGACAGACAGACUUGUGUGUUUUUGUUCUUCUGCAGGGACGAGAGUGGACGAUGCUAAAGCUCUGAUCGCAGCAAGUCCACUGAAGAUCCUGGCCUGUGACGACCUGGACGAAGCUGCUAAGAUGGUUGUGAAGCUGUCUGAGAUCGUGUCCCUGGCUAAAGAAGCUCAGGUGGACAUCACCUUCCAGUUGCCCAUCUAACAGAACCUGGACCUUCAUCAUCAUCAUCAUCAUCAUCACUCCAUCUGAGAGGACUCUCUGAGGCACGACGGCACCAUCACUCCUGUUUCCUGUUUCCUGUUUCCUUUAAGUGUUGCACAUGAGUUGAUACGCACAAAUACACACACACACACACACACACACACGCGCGCGUCUGUUUCUUGGUACUUGUCGGGACUUUGAGUAAAAAAAAAGAAUCAGAACAGAUGAAGCUGUGACAUCAUCAUUAAUCACACACACACGUGUGUAGCAUUAGCAUUAGCAUCUCUGAACAUGAAUGUCAAUAAAAACAUGACUCGUCACAUGACCGAUCCAUAAAGAUGAAUGAGUGAGUGUGUUUAAAGAUGGCCGCCAUGGUUCCUCCUCCUCCUUCUCCCUCUGUGCAAACAUAAAACCACAGCUGCUCAUAUUCAUGCGCCGCCAUCUUGUUCCGGUGACAUCACCGCAAUACUGUCGUCCCGCCCACACACCCACAGCCAGCCAAUCAGGGCUCAGUUUAUCUUUUUAAAUAAAAGAAUGUUUGUCCUCAUUUCUGCUGUCCAGGCCACAACCCCUGACCUCUGACCCACAGUAGCAUGUGUUUCAGUUAAACUGCUCUCAGUUAAUCUGGUCUUAGUUAAACUGAUAACAGUUAAUCUGGUCUCCAACUGGCCACAAUUAAUCUGGUCUCAAUCUGGUCACAGUUAAACUGUGAGUGUGCGUCAGCGUUGUGUGUCUGCGUCGUGCCUCAGAAACAGUGGAAUAACAGUGUUGUGAGUUCUUUGUAAAUAACCAAACACAUUUUGUGGCUCUGAAAUAUUUAUGCUCCUCGUGGAGAACGACGACAAAAGACAAAGUAAAUAAAUACAGAGAAACUGA